AUGACCGCGUCGACCUUAGGAUCUCAAAUGCGCCGAGUAGAAAUCACUGGUUUUGAAGUUAUUGUUAAGCCCUACUGUCUUCGGUAUGUUGGAGCGAAGGCGUUCAAUAACAGCGAGGAAGUCUCAGAGGCCCUCCAAAAUGUUAUGUUGCAGCACCGUGAUAUCUCUACAUCUGUCCGACACUACGACGUCGAUGUUGACGCCCAGGACAUCAUCCCUCAAUAUGCUUCCAGAGGUUUGCGCACGACGGAUACCGUCACCAGACGGAAACAGAAAUGGAACGACCGAAAAGCCAAGUUCGAGCGCGCCUGCAUGGCCUGUCACGCUCGCUUUGGCUCCCUGGACGAAGUGACGCUUUCCCAAUACCACCGUCCGUUAUGGGAGAAACUGCAACGUUUCCAGGCACAAGCCAAGGAAGCGAAGCAGAGAUAUGACCGGGCUGUUCGUGAACUGCGCAACGAGAAGCAACGACAGCGGAACCGCCGGAUCCGAGAGAACCUGCAGCGUUAUCGGGACGAACAGUCCGUGAUCGACUUGGAAUGCCAACUGGCAGGGAUCACGAUCGAUACCAAGGCCAUGGAGACCUUGGAUCGCCAGGAUUCCAUGUCUGCGCAACAUCUGACCUAUAUUGAGAGCAUGCUCCCGUAA